AUGAAGUUCUUGAUAUUUUGUGGAAUAUAUAUUUGCCUUGUGCUUAUUCGUCUUGGAUUUUCUAUUUCAGAGAGUUAUAUUCAUCCUGAUGAGCAUCUUCAAGGGAUUCAAGUAGUUGCUGGAAAUAUCUUAAAUAUUAAGGUAGAAUAUCCUUGGGAGUUUAAAGGACAAUUUCCAAUUAGAUCAAUUGGUCCUUUAUUGAUUAUUUAUGGGCUACCAUUAAAAAUAUCUCAAUGGAUUUCUGGAGAUACUCCAGUAAACCCUUUGUUUAUUUUUUUUCUUUUGAGAGUAUUUUUCUUUGGACUUUCAUUUUUUAUUGGUAGGAAAUUCUUUAAAUGGAGAGAACUAUUUUAUAAUGAUGAAGAUUGGUUUAUUUAUACAAGUACGCCAUUAAAAUAUCGAAGAAAAGCACUUUUGAUUUAUGCGUCAUCGUUUGUUACAUGGACAUAUCAAACACAUACAUUUUCUAAUUCUAUUGAAACAAUUAUGGUAUCUAUUUGUUUGUUUUUAAUACAAAAAAUUAAAAUGAAUAUUCGUCCAUGGAAAUGUGUUUUAUUGGCUAUUUUUUCAAGUUUUGGUUUUUUUUCACGUAUUACUUUUCCAAUUGUGCUUCUACCAUUUGUUGCUUCUUUUUCGAAAUCCCUAAUUAAAAGACCAAAAAUAAUAUUCUCAAUUAUUAAAUCUUUUAUGUUAAUGUUUUUUAUUUUUAUUCUAAUAGAUUCUUUUUACUAUGCAAAUGGUUAUCGAGUUAUAAUAACACCGUUAAACAAUUUUAAGUAUAAUAGCAAAUAUAUUAAUUUACAGAAACAUGGUAUUCAUUCAUAUUGGACUCAUUUUUUGAUAAAUGUUCCUAUACUUUUAGGACCAGCUAUAAUUUUGCCGAUUAUUGUCAAAAAUAUUAAGUUUAAUCUAUAUUUGAUAAGCAGUGUUUUAUAUAUUUUGAUUUUAUCUUUAUUUCCGCAUCAGGAGCUUAGAUUUUUAUUACCAGUUUUUCCUCUGUUAAUUAUUUAUUUAUCUUCAUUGGGAAACAUAAGGAAAAAGAAAAUAAGAUAUCUGUUUAUAUUCUCCUGGAUCAUAUAUAAUAUUUUUUUUGGAAUUUUUCUUGGUUUUUUUCAUCAGCAUGAUGUUAUAUCUAUUAUAUUUUUUUUGAAAAAAUAUUUAGUAAAUGAUUCAUCAGCAAAUGUAGUUUUUUGGAAGACAUACCCUCCACCAACAUGGUUAUUUUUAGAUCCUCCUGAUUCAAAAAUAAUUUUUAGUCAUUUGAUAGGAUAUUCUGUUAAUAAUGUUCUAGAUUAUCUAUCUAUUAAAAAGCAAAAUGGUGUUAAAUCUAUUUUUAUUUUUCCUACUUUAUUAAUAGAAAAACUUCCAUGUGUUUUUGAGGAAUUAAGAAAUAGUUCUUGUAAAACUAAUGUAACUUUACGUCAAAUUUUCAAAACAUCAUAUUAUAUUGGCUUAGAUGAUUCAGAUUUUAUAAACAAUAAUAUAUUUUUCGUAUUAAUGGAUUUAAUAAGAAAAAAAGGGUUAGUUGUCUGUGAGGUUAUUUGA